UCCCAAUAUUUAUGAGAAUUCGGUUCCCAUUUAUAAGGCACCUCUUCUUCUUCUUCUUUUAUAACGCGUUCUUUCUUGAUUGACAUUUAUUAAGGAUUCGAAACGCUUCGGGUUUUUAGGGUUUUUGUUAUUAAUAAAAAUACCUUUUCCGAUUUCGACGCCAUGUCCUCGACGUCAAUCUCCGGUGUUCUUCCCCAUACGAAGGUCUUCGGUUCGACGCUGUACAAAUCGGAUCAUAGAAUUCCAGCGUCAUGCUCCUAUACCAGAUCUCCCAUGUCUCUCUCAUGCCACAUAUCCCAGGGAUUAGAGGAUGUUGAUAAAUCUACAUCUAAAGCGUUAGUGAGUUCAUGUUCUGGCUCAAGUGAUAAAAGAAAUGGCUUGCUUGGGAGGUCAAGUCAUUGUAGCCCCAUUGAGAAGAGAAACCCAGUGGGGCAAACAUUUUGCUCUGUGGGAGUAUGCACGUCCGGUGAAGCUGAUAUAGGGUCUGAUUCACACAUUACGGAAGAGAAGGUUGGAGUGUUGCUUCUGAAUCUAGGAGGACCGGAGACACUUGAUGACGUUCAACCAUUCUUGUUCAAUCUAUUUGCAGAUCCAGAUAUCAUUCGUCUCCCAAGGUUGUUUCAGUUUGUUCGGCGACCAUUAGCGAAAUUAAUAUCUGUGUUUCGGGCUCCCAAAAGCAAAGAAGGGUAUGCUGCUAUAGGAGGUGGCUCUCCUUUGCGUAAAAUAACAGAUGAGCAGGGGCAUGCACUUAAAAUGGCUUUGGAAGCCAUGAACACGCCCGUAAAUGUCUACGUUGGAAUGCGGUAUUGGUACCCAUUCACCGAGGAAGCAAUUGAGCAAAUUAAGCGGGACAGGAUAACCAGGCUUGUUGUGCUGCCUUUGUAUCCCCAGUUCUCCAUCUCUACAACUGGAUCAAGCAUCCGUGUGCUCCAGAGUAUAUUCAGGCAAGAUGCAUAUCUAUCGGAGCUGCCUGUUUCUAUUAUAAAGUCCUGGUAUCAACGAGAAGGUUACCUUAAGUCAAUGGCUGAUUUGAUUGAGAAGGAGUUAAAGAGUUUUUUGAAGCCUGAGGAGGUUAUGAUACUCUUUAGUGCUCAUGGAGUACCAGUCAGUUAUGUUGAGGAAGCAGGAGAUCCAUACAAAGAUCAAAUGGAGGAGUGCAUCUACUUAAUCAUGCAAGAGCUGAAAGCUAGAGGAACUAACAAUGAACAUACACUUUGUUACCAGAGCCGAGUUGGUCCUAUAAAAUGGUUGAAGCCCUACACCGACGAAGUUCUUGUUGAGCUUGGCCAGAAAGGUGUGAAAAGUCUCCUAGCUGUUCCAGUGAGCUUUGUGAGUGAGCACAUAGAGACUCUUGAAGAGAUUGAUGUGGAGUACAAGGACUUGGCUCUUGAAUCUGGAAUUGAAAACUGGGGUCGUGUCCCUGCCCUUGGAUGCACCUCUUCUUUCAUCACGGAUCUGGCAGAUGCUGUAAUAGAAGCUCUACCAUCAGCAACAGCCAUGUCAACGUCAAGGAGCAUCUCCAAAGCAGUUGAGCAUGACCCAAUGCAAUAUGCUAUCAAAAUGUUCUUUGGUUCCAUCUUGGCAUUUGUCUUGCUUUUGUCACCAAAAGCGUUAAUGGCGUUUAGGAACCGCCUCUUUUGAAGGAUAUCAAAAUACAGGAAUUUAUAUAGUAUCUUGUAGAUGCUGGAGUUACAGAGAAGAAAAGUUUAAACAAGGUAACAGAAAGUGUUAUGAGGUAUUGAGGCAUUCUCUUGGUUUCGUUUUCCACGGUUUUACUUUUUUACCCAAAACUACACGAAGAGAGGAUUCUUGAACUGCAAGUUUUGUAAGAAGGGCAUAGUUGUGAUAAGUGAAACUUCAUUUUGCAAUUUUUUUUUCCCCAUGAUUUCUGUUCUUCUGGGAAAACAUGUAUCUAUCACUAUUAUCAGUUGAAUGUAAAGCAUUAGUGCAUCAAUGUUCUUAAUGUAAGGGCAUCACUAGUGGAUAUAAUGGAGUACUUUUAAGUUUUAA